AUGGGGCAAAAUGCCUGCAGCUGCUGUGCAGAAGAGCGCAAUGAGAUUGCCGAGAAAGAUUUUGGAGCACUACCCGCUCCUGUCCACUUUCAAGAAGACCUGCGAGAACCGGCCCAAGCCACUGACGACUGUGACAUGCCUUCUCCUUUUUGUGAGGAUGAUGCCACUCAGGGACCUGCGCACACGAAACUGUCAGGGUUAGCAUCUGCAACUCUGAUUAGUCCUGGCAGAAGCAGCCCCUCACGAGCCGAAGUAUUGGGAAGUACUUCGCCCCUGAGGCGGGUGCCAACCAGAGAGGAUCGAUUGGAACAAGGCGCGCAGUUGUAUGUUGACAGUGAACUUGUGCGCUCCAUUUCUUUGGAGUCCACAUUGUGGGGAUGCGGGUGGCUUUGGCGGGUGCGUCCUGCGCAGAUGAGCCAAGCUCAGCUGGAUGCUUUAUGGCGGAGGUCUGCUGAAGCAGACGCUUUUGACGUGUUCUUGUCGCAUGCAUGGUCAACGCCAGGGCAUCAGAAGUAUUUGUCCUUGCUGCUUAGUUCAGGUUGGCAAUACGCGCUCCUGGCUUGGGCGUUUGCUGCCACGCUGGUGAUGACCCUUUACAUUUUGAAUGUGUUGCCUCGUCCGAUGACGGUGUCCAGGAACGAAGAUUUACUUGCCAGCGGGGAGGCACGCAUGGCGCCGUGGGGGUAUUUGUCGACCUUUGUUUUUGCCCUCAGCGGACUAGCAUGUGCGCCUCACAUGUGUUCCAGCUGGCGCCGGACUCCGGGGUGCUUCUACGAUGUGGCUUGUGUAAACCAGGGAGACCCAGAACAGCGAGAACGCGGAAUUUACGGGAUCGGAGGAUUUCUGGCCAUCACGAAGCAGCUUCGCAUACUGUGGAGCCCGCCCUACCUCUCCCGCUUGUGGUGUGUUUUCGAAGUUGCCGCCUACCGCAAAGCCAACCCCAACGGCCAACUGAAACUGCAGCCAGUCUUCGUGGAGCGCACCAUCCUGCUUGCUUGGAUAAGCAUGUUCCUCUUCAUGGGCAUCUUCAUGUUUCUGAGGUUGUCAAGACUUCCGGUUGCUGUCGGCGUCUGUGCCUUCUACCCGGGUGCUCACAUUGUUCGAAGAGGGUACCAGCAGCAAGAGCAGAUGUUCCGAAGCCUUGCAGAGUUUGACCUGAACUCUAUGUCUUGCACCAACGACUUUGACCAGCGAUUUAUCCUGUCGGCUGUGUGCCAAUGGUAUGGCAGCCUAGAGGGCUUCACUGACUACGUCCGCGGGCCUCUUAAGGAGGAACUGACACAAAGUGUUGUCCUUGCACGGGUACCGCUUCAAUAUUGUAUCCUUAUCGCCAGCCCGAUCGCUGGAUUUCAGCUGGACACCGUCGCAUCGUUCUUAAACGCUGGUGCAUCUUCUGAUGUUGUUGUCCGGGUCAUUUUGGCGAAUUUGUUGGCAAUGCCUACGAUGGCUGUUUGUGUGAUAUACUAUUUCUUCUGGUUAUGUCAGCGCUUCGCAAGACCUUGCUUUUCAAGCUGCGCAAUGGAUUAUGCACAGACGGCCAUGGUCCUCUGUCUUUUUGGCUUGGGUUUGUUGCCUUUUGCUGCGGUUGUGAGAGCCCUCGCAGAAGGCUUGGCAGCAACGUUAGCUGCCGCAGGAGUCUCCCUCGCCAUGUUUGUUGUCCUGUUAGUUCAGCUUCAUUCCUUCCGUUGCUCGCGGAUUUUCGGGCGGAGGUGA